CCUAUCACCGGCGGGAAAAAAAAUGGAAAAAAAUAAUCUCGCCGUGCUCAACGCCCUCGACUCCGCCCGAACCCAAUGGUAUCACCUCACGGCCAUCGUCAUCGCCGGCAUGGGCUUCUUCACAGAUGCCUAUGACCUAUUCUGCAUCUCCGCGAUCUCGAAGCUCCUCGGUCGGCUCUAUUACUACAAUCCGCAGAAGAAUGCCAAGCCCGGCAAGCUCCCGACGAAAGUCAACAAUUUUGUUGUCGGAGUGGCCAUCGUGGGAACCCUCGCCGGCCAGCUUGUAUUUGGCUGGCUGGGAGACAAGCUUGGCCGGAAGAAAGUUUAUGGGUUCACGUUGAUUCUCAUGGUCUUCUGCGCCAUUUGCUCCGGCUUAUCGUUCGGGUCGACCCCCAAGUUUUGGCUCGGGUUUGGCAUCGGUGGUGAUUACCCGCUCUCCGCCACUAUCAUGUCGGAGUACGCCAACAAGAAAACACGAGGAGCCUUCAUAGCUGCUGUCUUCGCCAUGCAAGGCAUGGGACUCAUCUUCGCUGGCUCGGACCCCCCCUACCAUGUUGACAACGUCUUCUCCACCGAGCCCCAGGCCGACUUCAUGUGGCGAAUCGCGCUCAUGAUCGGAGCUCUGCCGGCCCUCUUGACCUACUACUGGCGCAUGAAGAUGCCGGAGACAGGCCGAUACACUGCUCUCAUCGAAGGCAACGCAAAACAAGCCGCGAUAGACAUGGGAAAGGUUCUCGACAUCGAUAUCUCCGAAGAUCAGGAGAAGCUGCAACAGUUCAAAUCUAAGAACGAGUACCCAUUGUUCUCCAGCGAGUUUUUCAAGCGACACGGGCUUCACUUGAUCGGAACUGCGAGUACCUGGUUCUUGCUGGAUAUAGCUUUCUAUAGUCAAAAUUUGGCCCAGAAGGAUAUUUUUCCGGCGAUGGGACUCACUAGCAAAGCUGAAAACGUUAGUGCUCUUAGGGAGGUGUUCCAGACUUCCAAGGCCAUGUUCAUCGUCGCCCUUUUUGGCACCUUCCCAGGCUACUGGUUUACGGUCUUCUUCAUCGAGAGCAUCGGCCGUUUCUACAUCCAGCUAGUAGGCUUCUUCAUGAUGUCGGUCUUCAUGCUGAUAAUGGGGAUCAAGUACGGGGACCUGAAGGGCCACCCGGACAACAAGUGGCUCUUCGCGGUGCUCUAUGGCCUGACAUUCUUCUUCGCCAAUUUUGGCCCCAAUAGCACCACAUUCGUCCUCCCUGCCGAGCUAUUCCCCACUCGCCUCAGGUCCACGUGUCACGCCAUCAGCGCUGCUUCCGGCAAGGCCGGUGCCAUGAUCGGAAUCUUCGCGGUCCAAAGCUACACUCUCGGUGGCGAACCCCAUAAGAUCAAGAAGGCCAUGAUUGUGCUGGCGUUCACCAACCUGCUGGGCUUCGCUUGUACCUUUUUGGUGAGCGAGACUAAAGGAAGGUCUCUGGAGGAAAUAUCCGGCGAAGACGGCGGAUUAGAGGAGAACGAGACCCAGAUGACUAGUGCCCAGAUGGCUAGGGUGCCCUCGGCUCGCCAGCACCAGGAGACCACAUGGGAA